ACUUCAGUUCUGUGAAAUAAGUGAAAGGCUUCCCUUAUUUGAUGCAACCAGGCCUAACUCUCAACUAACACCAUGGUUGGAACAUCCAGUAUCCUUGUUAUCCGUGACUCCUUCAUGGGAUAUGGCUUGGAGAACUUCUGCAUUCCAAAGCACUAUGAAGAGGACUUGGCAUAUGUGCUUAUACCUGCUGGCAUCAUAGGAGACCGAAUAGAACGUGUAGCAAGGGACAUCUUCAUGGAAGUAGGAAGAGAGCCCCUUGUAUGUCUUUGUGUGCUCAAAGGUGGGUUCAAGUUUUGCUCCGACCUUCUGGACCACAUGAACCAGCUCAAUAGAAACCUUGCUCUUACAUCCACUCCUGUUACUGUUGACUUCAUUCGACUGAAGAGCUACACAGAUGACCAUUCAGAAGGAGAGGUUGAAGUUCUUGGAAUCCAGAACUUGGAAGACUUGAAAGGCAAGAAUGUUCUUGUUGUUGAAGAUAUCAUUGAUACAGGGAAGACAAUGGUGAAACUUCUAUCAUUGCUUCAUGCUCCUCAGNAACUUCUAUCAUUGCUUCAUGCUCCUCAGCCAAAGUCUGUUCGAGUCAUCAGUCUCUUAAAAAAACGCACUUCCAGAAGUUGUGGUUACCAACCUGAUUGUGAGUAUCCUUUUAAGCUUAAAAUAGAUUGUUGCUUCGAGAUACCAGAUCGCUUUGUGGUUGGUUAUGCUUUGGACUACAAUGAGCACUUUCGAGACCUCAAUGUAAGAUCU